AUGAGUGCUUUCCUGGGUUGCAACUAUUCGGAACUGGUGGUGGACGCCAACACAUAUCAGUUUGAUCGGUGUUGGAACGGCAGAGAUACGUUAGACAAUGUCAAGGACGGCGAGGAGAUCCUUCUGGCAGAGUGCAAUGGUAUUUCGUGCAGACCACGACCAGACCUGGCGGUUCUCACCUUACCGUUUCUGUCACAGCUGCGAAAGUCCACCUCGCUUCUGAGGCACGCAACGCGUUACUUCACAGGGAAGGAGAUGAAGGUUGUCAUUCAUAUACGCCGAGGGGAUGAAGUUCCACCAAACCCUGCUGCGAAGAUGGUGAAUAACCUGCAUUACGCAUCCGACGCCUUGUACUUGGAUUUCUUGCGAAUGUUCCACGAACGUGUGCAGAACGUCGAUGUUCAUAUCAUCAGUACAACGGAGGAUGGCUUCCCCAGCCAAAACUUCGAUGUCUACAGAAACCUUGGUGUGCAAGUUCACCUGGAUGGUGACAUUGUUGAUGAUUGGGCUCACAUGGCUCAGGCCGAUUUGCUUCUCAUUGCUCCCAGUACCUACUCGUGGGCAGCUGGCCUGCUCAACGAGAAGUGUGUUGCAAUUUUCAACUUCUUUGCGUACCCCAUCGUGUCGGACUGGAUUGAACUGAGCGCCGACUUGCACGAGUUCAAGGACGUUGAGAGCGUAGCGAAAAUUCCUGGAGAGGAAAACAGUCAUACAACACGGUACUCGGCCAUUCGCAAGAGGGCGUACCGCAGAGCAAGGCGCCGGGCGGAGCAAAAUGGUGGCACUUACUACAGAGGCAAAUGGAUGAGCGCCUCUGCACUGGGCACACAUAGCUCCGCGACCAGGCAGCAGGAUGGACCUCCCAAACGCUGGCUGGACGCAGCUGCAGGUGCCAAGCGCACUGCCAGACUGCGCGUGCGCUGCUACAACCUGGGAGGAGUGAAUGCUCCUGUUUACGACCACCUGCAUUUCUGGUUAACAACGACAUGCACGGACGACAUCGUGAUACUCCAAGAACUUCAUUGGGGGUGCGGCCGCACAGAGGCAACAUGGACCGUCCCUGGCUGGUCAUUGGUGAUAAGCGCGGAUCCCUUGCAACGCUACGCGGGCGUGGGAGUGGCGAUAUCUCAUCGCGUAGCCGUUGUGCGCCGAGUACAGGCCAUGAGGCAGGCCAGCAGAACUGCCCGGAUCCAGUGGUUUGAAGAGCAUAUACAAGAAGCUGAGCAUGCGGCUCAACGUAGUGACAUAGGUCCCAAGGAAGAAUUCAGUGAGAUUCUUCAACACUUCCGGGCAGCCUUUGAUGGCCCAGUGGCCGAAUGUCCUGCGGGUCAAGCUCGGCUCCUGUUUGAGGCAAUUGAGCUUGGUCAGGCAAUCUCCGGUCUGAAACGGGGGAAGGCCGUGCCCCAGACCAGUGCCCCCGCUGAAAUUUGGCAACUCUGCCCUGAAGCGUACGCGGACAGGCUAGCCUGCAUCCUCAAUGCCACAGGCGAACAGCCACUUGGACUACAGGACCCCAGCUCCAAAAUAGUGGCCAUGGCUGUUCGUGAACGCCUGCAGAGUAUCGUGCAGGAGUUUGUCAUGUCAAAGCCGCAGUAUGCCUACAUCACAGGGAAGUCGAUCGAUGGAGCCAUAGCCCGGGUGGUGCAACACUGUGCUUAUGUGCGGGAGCAAAUGAAGUGUGCUGUCCCCACGGUACAUGACAGAAGAGCCCGAAAGACGGUGAAGGCAUGCUGUGGUGGGGCCAUGUUAAGUUUGGACCUCAGCCGUGCUUUCGAUGAGGUUCCACGUGAGUCCUUGAGCGCGGCACUGGAUCACGCAAAAGUCCCUCCAGAGCUUAGAGACCUCAUCAUAGCUCUUCAUGUGCAAUGUGUUUAUAAGGUCACGCACAAGGGACAAACAGGCGUGUUUCCGAUGAGGAAAGGAGUCCGCCAGGGCUGCGCUUUGAGUCCAUUACUCUUUACCCUGUUCACCUGCCACAUCUAUGAUGUUUUGGCUUCACGCACAUCCCACACUUGGGCUCAGCAAGCCAUCACACUGUUUGCAGAUGACUCCCAUUUCACAUGGAUUAUCAAUCACGUGGACGACCUGAGGUUCCUAGUGCGGAGUGUGCGUGCUACUUUUCAAACCUUUCGUGAGUUCGGCAUGCAGCUCAACAUGGACAAGUCAAGAUUUGUCGUAAAGCUACAGGGCGGUGCAGCCAAAAGAUGGUUGAAGGAAUUGCAGGAUGUACUCGCAGUGGCCUCCAGCAAUUCCAACCUCCGCUCUGCUGAUGCACAGGCGGGUGUGCUUGCUGCGCAGGAUUAUGUUGCCGGAGGAUGUCCGAAAUGUAAGAAGGAUGUUGAGACUAGCCAGACAACGAGGGAGCCCGAGGUGGUCAGCGUAUCUCCAGGACGGCACUUGCGACACUGCGUGGUCUUGUACCAGGAGGCACUGGAGGAGGCGCGUGCAAAGACGGCACGGGAGGAGCUAAGGCAGGUAAUGGGGGCUCCCUCCUCAGACCAGCAGAUGCUGGCCCAUGCGGCGGAGAAGGAGCAAGCGGAGGAAGAGCGCCGUCCCAAGUGGGCAUCGAAGGGCGGCAAAGGUCAAUCGCAGGAUGGUUGGUACCAGGGCAGCUGGGGCAGCGGGUCCAAACAGUGGCCACAUGCCCAGCAGGAGGCCAAGAACGCACAGCCACCUCAGCUGGACCAGGCAACGCAGGACCUGAUGAGCAACAUGGUCCGAGCAAUGCUACGCCACGAGGCCGAGAUCCAACGCCUGAAGCAGGAUCUAGGAUACAUGGUCUUCAUAGAUACUUCCGGCCUGGGAUGCCUUUCGGUGCUCCACCAGGUCGCCGAAAACUGGCAGGAGCAGUACACGAAGGGCACUGUGACAAGCCCAUUGCGCCUGGUGAUGUUCAUGGCGCUGCUGGAAACACUACGGGCCACAGCCGAGGCGACGCUUGCGGAUGGCGAGAAGGUCCAGCGGUGCCAGAAUGUGGGCUGGACAGUGGAGGGCGACCAAGCUCUCAAUCCCAAGUGGGUUUACCAUUCCUGGGAUCCGGCGGAGAAGAAGCAAGUGGUGGCGGCGGACCAGCCAUUAUCACAUGCGGACGCCAUGCGAUUGAUCGAUCAGCUGAUGCUGCACAUCCCAAGGGAAGGAGUCUUGAAGAACUUCAAGACUACAAGGCGCAUGAAUGCGAAAGGAAACCCAACUGAUCAAGCAGCUGAAGCAGUCCUAUAUGGGCACCACCUUCUGCGAGUGGACGCAACCGACGGCGCCCUGGAGCGGCGAUGCCUAGGUGUCAACCUCGGCACAAGCCUGCUAUGGCAGUUUGCAGGCGAGUUCCUGCAAGGAUUUCUUGCUGUUGCCCAGCCGGACGCUUGUGCGGGAGGUGACCUCGGCAUCCCACUGUUUCUACACCUUCCAGGUGCCACAGUGACCUUGCCUGUUUUCACUGAUGCUGGCAACGCCUGCACGAGAUUAGAGCAGUUCCGGGUGGUAGCAGCAGUCUUUCACCAAGGCCAGAGCACCACCUAUCAGGCUAUUGUAGGCAAACCUGAGGCUGAGCAAUGGGUCCCGUACAUCUGUGAUGACAAUCGCAAGCCUAGGAAAGCUCAGCGCAGAGACCUGGACAUCGUAGAUCAUAAUGCCUACUUGGUAGGUCAAAAGUCUGUGCCAGAAUGUGUGGGCUCGAGCGCCGGCAGGGGUCUAGGACGAUCAAUGUCGGUGCUCACGCUGGAGCUACCUGGCCAUCUGCAUUAUGCGGCUCUUGAGGAAAUGCUGCUGCUGCAGGCGUUGGCAAACCUCUCCGUCGAGGGCAAGCCUAUGGCCUCCUUUCUGUCGAUGUGUACACGCAACGAGAUUGUCUGUGCAGCGCAACACAUGCUCACGGGACAACAACGAGAGCAGUUUCUGAUCUAUGCAGAGCAGCUUGCGUGUGCGAUUUGUGCAGAGACCAUAGUGGCCCUGCCCCCGCCAACGCUGGAGACUCCUCCUACCAUGAGCCGGGCGGAGCGUCUAGCCAGGCUUUUUCUUCAGGAAGGGAGCGCCUCUUUAUGGUCCGCUGUCAGAGAGGUGGUCCGAGAUCUAGGCUAUGCCGAGGACAUGCGAGCCAUUUCCUCGGGCUAUAUUUUCAGGCUAAUUAAUCAGCUGAUACUCUCCACGCUGAGCACACAUGCCUGGACCAGCAUUUCUGUCAACAUGAACUGUGGUACGGAGGAUGGCCAGCUAUGGGUUGAAAACACGGCUGGUGAUAUGUAUAUGGAGCAUCACAAAGAAGGCCUCAUCCGAGGUUCCAGCAUGGCCUCCGAUGAUGCUGCUGUGGUCGUUGGCUCGUCGGUAACUGCUUCAGCACAAGUGCCGCUCGCUGUUGCCGCUGCUCAGGGAGUGCUAACAGGACCCGGCUCGACUCGGCAGGGCGUCAACUUCUGGACGGAUCGUCGAGGUCAAGCUCUUCACCGUGGAAGGGACCAUGGCGGCGCUAGUGAUGUGACGGAUGAAACCAUGCCGGAUGCUCCUCUGCCGCCAUCUUCCUCGUCGAGUAUGAAUGGCGGACUGGCCUCCUCUACUGCACCAGCAGCACCAGCUUGGAGGCGUCGACGACAUCGCAGAGUCAAUGCCGCUCGACAGGGUACAGAUGGCCUCUUUGCAUGCACUACUCCUGGCUGCACAAGGCACUACAAGUAUGGCCAGCACCGUCAUUGCUGUGGCUGGUGCAGCAUUGGUGCACACACGGAUCGAUGCGACCAUGCUUGGCAAAAGGUGCAGAUGAAGCAGUGGCGUGGUUCCAUUAGCGUUUGUGCAACGGAAGGAUGUGGACGCACAGCAGGCCAAAGCCAUAUUCACUGUUGCACGCAGUGCGCUUGGAGCCGAGGGGGACAGCAUACUACUCACUGCCAGGAACGAAAAGCUGUGGUGCUGCGACGGAUGCGAACCAGUGGCGUUGCCACCAGUUUGACAGAAAUCCCUUAUGGUGCCUCGGUGGAAGCCGUUGAUGGCACAACAGGCACGGAGGGCAACGAGAAUGCGCAGCGCACGGACACGACCCGCGCCUACUCCAGUCACUGCCCGCUUAUCAUCGAGGUCUCAGACGAGGACGACGGAGCUCAAAUGGAUCUCAACCUGAUUCCACCCCAAAGUGGAGCGACUGCGGAGGAACGUGGAAGUGUAUGCGGGCAGUCAGCCACCAACACGGUGGCCGUGGAAGUAGGCUCCUUUUAUGACUUGAAUGAUCUGGAUUAG